UUCGUGGUGCGCCGGGCCCGCUCACCGCAGAGCCCCCGCCGGGUCCGGUCGGAACCCCGCGCCUACCGGCAGGCUACGCUCGAGUCCCUGAAGAGGGUGGUCGUGGUGGAAGACAUAAAACGCUGGAAGGCGAUGCUCGAACUCCCCGGGCAGCCUAAAGAAAACCUGUUGGAAGCCUUGGGGGAACUGAAGAAGAAAAUACCUUCCAAGGAAGUGUUACUGUCCACAAAAAUAGGUCACACUGUGAACAGGAUGCGCAAACAUUCCGAUCAUGAUGUGGCCAGCCUUGCCAAAGAUGUUUACAUGGAAUGGAGAACUUUCAUCAAACACCACUCAAAUAGGCCUUCAAUAGAAGUCAAGAGUGAUCCCAAGACUGAGGCUUUCAGAAAGAACGCACGGAAGCUGCUUUGUGAAGCCCUGGAUCUAGAGAUUGAUCACCCACUGGCUGAAAAUAUUGAGCGAGAAGCUUUUCAUCUCUCUUCACGUCUCAUUAGCGCGCCGUAUCGCAGAAUGGUGCGAGCUCUUGUCUUCUCAUUAAAGCACAAACCUGAAAUCCGAGCAGAAGUCAAGGCUGGCACGCUCACCGUCCCUGCGUUUGUACAGAGCCAUAAAAAGUGAGGUGUCGUGCUCGAUGCCGAGCGAGAACUUCAUGUGCCUGCGUCUCUGUGGAACUGGGAACCCUUUCUGUCACAAGGGGAUUGCCGAAGUGCUGACAGUGUGACUCACUUGGCUGAGGACAAGAACUUCUAGUGAUGGAAGUGGUGCUUUAAAUCUGUGUGGGGUUGCUGCACGAAAAGUUUCUUCUGCUCUGCUGUGUAUUUUCCUGGUCUAAAGCCACCCUCUCUCACUGACCUCUUUCUGUUUUCAGUUUGUCAUACCUCAGUUCAGCUCCAUCUCUGAUGUGGAUCUUCAGGUGUAAUUAGCUGACUGGCAUAAAGGAUCAUCUCUGGUGGGAAAUAGUGGAAAAUCAGGGUGAUUGUUUCAUGGGAGGAGGUUCCUAACGGAUAACUGCAAACCCUCAUUGAUCCUAAAUCAGCCAAGUCUGCUGCUGCUGAGCCCUGUUUAGCCAAGCCAGGUGAUUUCCCCUGCAUCCACAGUGGGAUGGAAAACGAGUUUUGAUGAUUUUGUUGUGGAUGCCCCCUUCCUGAAGGCAUUCAAGGCCAGGCUGGAUGUGGCUCUGGGCAGUCUGGUCAUAGCAGGGGGUUGAAGCUAGAUGAUCAUUGUGGUCUUGUUCAACCCAGGCCAUUCUGUGAUUGUUUUCUAUCCAUCCUUUCAUAGUCUCAGUCAUCCUGCAGUGGUGGGCAUUUUCUGAAACCCUGGGGUGACAACCGAAAUGCCCUAGGGUAAAGGUGCUAUCUAAUACCUCUGCUUAAUGAGCAGCUCGUUCUGACUUCCCUACCUCAUGUAUGUGGUGCUUAUUCUUAGUGUAACAUUAAAAAAGAAACCCCACCUUGAAAUGAAUUUUUUAAAUACAGUUACGUUGUGAGGAAAACAUUCCACAUCCAGGCUUUUUUUCUCUGUAAAGAGCAUGUUUCAGAAUGAUGGUGUAAAUAGAUUUAAGUAACAAACUAUUGUUUGAAUUGCUGCUAGUUAUUAAAACUUGGAAACCUUGCCUUUCAUAUUCUGGUUUCUUUAGUGACACAA